GCCCGUCCACGCCCCACCCACUAUCCACCACGGCACCUAGGUAGGUAUCAACUCAUCCCCAAGCGCACGCACAUACAUACAUACAGCACACCACACCACGCCACACCACCGCACCACAUCACAACACCACGCACCCCCCACACAAGAAACAGUGCCACACCUCCGCGGAGUCGUAGCCAGCUAUGUGCCUGCCUACCUAACUGCCUGCCUACGCCACACCCACCCGUCCAUCCAUCCAUUUAUCUCAUCCAUCCACAUCAGGCGCCCCGCUGCACGCAUCCGCCCGUCCCAAAAAAGCGCGCACCCUCAUUGCCACAUGCCACAUACAACGCACGCACGCAUCAUGCACGCACACAAUGCACAUAAACCCCUCUCUCCCCUCUCCUUCCUCAUCCGCUCCCGAGUCACACUCCCCCCUUCCUUCCCACUGACCAACCUGCCCGCAUUCCGCAACCAGCAGCAGUCGCGAACGAGAGAGCCCGCAGGCCACCACUGCCCACUUACAUAGGUAGGUACCUACUCACUUACCCAUCCAACCAACCAACCAACAGCCGACGAACCAACCGACCAACCGACCAGCUGACCGCGUAAUCACUCACUCCUCACUCGGUCAUUUUACCCGGCACCGCACGGGACAAGCAAGCGGAAGAACGAAAAGAGAGAAAAAACAGAAACAUAAAAAAUAUCAUCCCGUAUUCCUCCAAAAUCUCAUUCCUCUAUAACCGUACGUACGUCCAUAGUUACCCGUCAGCGUA